UUCCAGCCCAAAAUGGGGAAUACCCAACUGGUUUAGGGAAAACCUAACCCCAGUGAAAACUGGAACGAUGGUAAUAAACCUCCCCGCCUAAAUCCCCGACUGAACACUCGAAGAAAUUCGCUGCACGCCUUGAGAGAUGUUCUCAAUUGCAGCUAUCAACGAUACCGACUCUAGAGAGCAAUGGGAACCCUUAGGUCCCACCAAAGAAGCCCAGGAGUUUCAUCUUACACAAACUUAUCAUGAGGGGCUUCUCAAAUUACAAGCUAAAGAGUAUGAUAAAGCUCGUGAGCUUUUAGAAACCGUGUUAAAAGAUCCUCUGAUUUCAAAUGCCCAGGUGGAUACCAGUGCCAGUGAUGGUCAUAUGUUACAACUCAGAUUUUUGGCACUGAAGAACCUCGCCACUGUUUCCCUCCAGCAAGGUUCUGACUAUUAUGAGAGUGCUCUGCAUUGUUAUCUUCAAGCAGUAGAGAUUGAUACCAAAGAUUCGGUCAUUUGGAAUCAGCUGGGAACAUUAGCUUGCUCAAUGGGUUUGCUGAGUAUUUCCCGUUGGGCUUUUGAGCAAGGACUUCUCUGCAGCCCCAAUAAUUGGAAUUGCAUGGAGAAACUGUUGGAAGUUCUUAUUGCUAUUGGUGAUGAAGUUGCAUGUCUUUCUGUCACAGAGUUGAUCUUACGGCAUUGGCCAUCACAUUCUCGAGCUGUGCAUGUCAAACAUACUAUUGAAUUAUCAGAGCCAAUUCCUUUUGCUCCUAGAGGAAUAGAUAAGCUGGAACCUAAACACGUGCGACUUAAAUUUGCUGACAAGAGAAAAGCAAGCGAUGUGAAUUUAGACGUCCAUCUUAGUAAAAAAAUAAAGCAGAACCUAGAGCUGCAGCUGGCUGAAGCUUCGUGGGCAGCUCUCAUUAAUGCACUUUUGGAAAUCUUAUUUCCAUUAAAUAGGCGUGAUUCAGAGAUUGGGUCUGAAUUGCUGUAUAGAUCGGGUGAUGUUGAGUUAAUGAUACACUUACCUUCUACAUCUGAUGUUGCUAUGGGGCCUUUGCAGAGUAAUAGGCUUGAAUCAAGCCCUGUUGGUGAAAACAAUCCUUGUGAAACUAGGAAUGCAGAUGUUGCCAAAGAAGAGGAAGCAAAUAUAUUUGAAGAACAGCCACAGGAGAGGAGGAGCACUCGUCUUGAAAGACUUAGGAACCAAAAACCCGGAAAAGAAGAACUGGAUACUGGUGGCAAAGAUGUAGCAAAACUUGUACUCCAAUUUCUUAAACCUUUUACUUUCAUCGGCGCUGAAAACGAAGACUCUGACAGCACUGUUGAUACUUCUGUGUCAUGCUCUGAUCAAUCUAAUUCUUUGGACGCGGAACACUAUGAUGUUGCCAAAUUCUUGAGAAAAAGUGCAAAAAAUUUUGGUGCUUACCAUAUGGGCCACUUGCUUUUAGAAUAUGCUGCAAGUAAAGGCCUUAUUUACCAUGAUGCGCUUGUCAAAAUUCUGGAUUUGGAGAAGUUGACAAGACAUUGGGGAGAAGACAGGACCCCUGAGUGUAGUCUUUUCCUUGCGGAGCUGUAUUAUGACCUUGGAUCUUCUCCUUCCAAUUCUCCCAGACUGAAUGAAUACAUGUCUGAAGCAUCCUAUCAUCUGUGUAAAAUAAUUGAAGUGGUAGCCUUGGAUUAUCCUUUUCAGUUGACUCGUGUAUCUGAAAAUGAAGGUUGCUCUUCAGUUAUGGGAAUUCCAGGUACUAAUACUGCAUCAGCCAAUGAAUCCAUUUGCCAGAAUUCACUUUUGGAAAGUCCCUUCUGGAUUCGGUACUUCUGGUUGAGUGGACGAUUGUCAAUCUUUGAGGGCAACAAGGAAAAAGCUCAGGAAGAACUCUGUGUUUCCCUGUCUCUUUUGGAAAAGAAGGCAAGUGCAGUGGAGUUCAUUAUCCAUCUGCCACACUGCAUCUUUAUUAGAGAUAUUACUGUUGAUAAGAUUCACCAUGAAAUUAAUUUAUUGAAAGUUGGUUUCUUGCUUGAGAAAACUAUAGGUAAGAUGAUUGAGAAAGAAAUGUACACAGAGUGCAUAACCUUGCUUGCUCCACUUAUCUUAUGUACAAAAGAAGUUCACCUGGAUGUAUUACUGCAACCUGCUGCUGAUAAGAAAGGUGAAAUGAUUGCAUCUCGUGAACUAUCGGCGCUAGACACUCUAAUUAAAUCAUGUGAGAAGACAAGGCCAGUGGACUCUGUGGUCUACUUAAAUUGUCACCAACGAAAGCUGCAAAUACUCAUGGCGGUAGCUAACACAGGUGAAUGCAAACCUCUCCUUCAGAAGCUUGGAUUAAAAAAACUUUCUGGUUCUGAUGUAAUAUCAAAAGAAAAUUCAAGCGAGCACUGGAAUUACUUGGUUUCGGAGGAAGUGAAGGCAAUCUCACAAUGUGUCUCACUAGUGAAGAUUGGUCUAUAUGGAGAUUCUAAUGGCGUAUCUGAUAUAGUGAGCAUUGUUGGUGAUAUUCAAUCUUUACUGCUGGCAGUCAUGUGCCAUGUUGCAAGUAAUUACUUCCUUAAACAGUCUUCUGCGCCAGUGAUUGCUGAUCAAGUACUGGCAGGGCAAAAGCAAAGAUGCUGCUUUGUCGAUGCAGCUGUUGCAUUCUGCAAACUUCAACACCUUUACCCAAGCAUACCUGUUAAAACUCAAGUUGAACUGAUUGUGGCAAUCCAUGAUUUGCUUGCUGAAUAUGGGAUCUGCUGUGCUGGUGAUGGAAGUGAGGGGCAGGAUGGAACAUUUCUUAAAUUUGCAAUAAAGCAUCUCUUGGGUUUGGACAUGAAGAUCAAAUCCAACGUGGACUCUUCGGACAGGGAAACAAUUGAAUUUGACAAGCACAUUUCUCAGCAUAGUCAUGUUUUUGAUGAGACUGAGAUCAAAGGAACUAGUACUGGAGAAAAUAAUGCUUUUGAUGAAAUUACUCCUGAAAGGAUAUCAUCUCUCACAAGUCGGGUGAAGGAUAACACUGGAGUUGAAUGUCUACUUUUUUGCGGUGAUGAUGGCACGAUUAAAAAUCAAGAAAAAACAAGCGAUCAAACUAUUGAAAGUGGAAAGGAACUUACUGAAGAUGAAAGGGAGGAACUUGAGCUAUUAAUUGACGGUGCUUUGGAUCAGUGUUUUUUCUGUCUAUAUGGUCUAAAUCUUAGGUCAGACUCAUCCUAUGAGGAUGAUCUGGCUGAGCACAAAAAUACUAGCCGCGGAGAUUACCAAACCAAGGAGCAAUGUGCUGAUGUUUUUCAGUAUAUACUGCCGUGUGCUAAGGCUUCUUCUAGAACAGGAUUGGUUAAACUUCGUAGGGUGUUAAGAGCUAUACGCAAACACUUUCCUCAGCCUCCUGAAGCUGUUUUAGAUGGAAAUGCAAUAGAUAAAUUCUUAGAUUAUCCUGAUUUAUGUGAAGACAAACUCUCUAAUGAAGCUGGAUCAGAAGGGUAUCUUGGAACCAUAACAAAACUAUUGUUACCUGACAUGGGUAGUCUUAAAGAGUACAAGAGAUCACUAGCUGUGAGCUCUGAGCCGUAUUUGGAGGUCUACAGCAAUUUGUAUUAUUUUCUAGCUCAGUCUGAGGAAACAAAUGCAACUGAUAAGUGGCCUGGCUUUGUCCUCACAAAGGAAGGGGGAGAAUUCGUGCAGCAAAAUGCAAAUCUCUUCAGAUAUGAUCUGCUGUAUAAUCCUCUACGCUUUGAGAGUUGGCAACGACUUGCAAAUAUCUAUGAUGAGGAAGUAGACUUGCUGCUAAAUGAUGGCAGUAAGCACAUAAAUGUGGCCGGAUGGAGGAAGAAUGCUACUUUACCUCAGAGAGUUGAGAUGAGUAGGAGGAGGAGUAGGCGUUGUCUACUAAUGAGUUUGGCUUUGGCAAACACGCCAGCUCAGCAGUGUGAGAUACAUGAGUUACUGGCAUUGGUAUACUAUGACAGCCUUCAGAAUGUGGUACCAUUAUAUGAUCAGAGAUCUGUUAUUCCCUCCAAGGAUGCUGCAUGGAUGAUGUUUUGUGAGAACUCUUUGAGACAUUUCAAGAGAGCUUUCACACACAAGCAGGAUUGGUCCCAUGCAUUUUAUAUGGGGAAGCUAUGUGAAAAGCUCGGUUACUCACAUGAGAUCUCAUUAUCAUAUUAUGAUAAAGCUAUUGCUUUGAACCCGUCUGCUGUGGAUUCUGUGUAUAGAAUGCAUGCGUCACGCUUAAAGAUACUUUGUGCGCAUGGGAAACAGAACAUGGAAGCUUUAAAGGUUGUUUUGGGAUAUUGCUUUAGUCAGCCAACAAAGGUUGCUGUCACAAACAUUCUUACUAGUGUCAGUCCUGAAACCUCUCAGUUGCCGGAUGAUGUCAUGGACAGAAGCUGCCAGGUUUCUUCUGAAAGAAAGCGUGAAGAGUCAGUUCAAAUGGAAGAGAUGUGGCACAUUCUUUACAAUGACUGCCUUGCUGCGCUAAAAAAUUGUGUUGAAGGGGAUCUCAAACAUUUUCAUAAGGCCAGAUAUAUGCUUGCUCAAGGGCGAUAUAAAAGGGGUUUAUCGGGUGAUCUGGAAAGGGCAAAGGAUGAACUUUCCUUUUGCUUCAAAUCAGCUCGGUCGUCCUUCACAAUAAAUAUGUGGGAGAUUGAUGGAAUGGUAAAAAAAGGAAGACGUAAAACAGCAGGUUGCUCUGUGAACAAAAAGGCCCUGGAAGUCAACUUGCCCGAAAGUUCUCGAAAAUUUAUCACUUGCAUAAGAAAGUACUUGUUAUUCUAUUUGAAACUGUUGGAGGAGACUGGGGAGGUAUCCACCCUUGACCGUGCUUAUGUAUCUCUUCGGGCAGAUAAGAGGUUUUCCCUUUGCAUUGAAGACGUUGUACCUGUUGCACUUGGGAGGUAUAUCAAGGCCCUAAUUUCAUCCACGCAUCAAGCCGAAACCAUUGACUCUGGUGCCAUGAGCUGCUGUGAGCAUCACCUGGAAAAGAUAUUUGCUCUAUUCAUGGAACAAGGGACCUUAUGGCCAGAGAUAUGUGUUUUGCAUGAGACCAGGAGCCCGGGGUUUUCAGAGAGCAGCUUAUAUGGAUUUCUCCACGAAUAUAUUUUCUCAUUGGAGAAAGAUGGAAAGCUUGAUACACUUGAAAUGAUAAACGAGAAGAUUCGAAAACGCUUCAAAAAUCCAAAGUUGUCAAAUGGUAACAAUGCAAAAGUUUGCAGGCAUGCUUCCAUCGCCUGGUAUCGAUCUCUCAUUAUUAGCUUGGCAUUAAUCACUCCCUUGCAAUCUGGACUCUCUAGUGAGAUUCAAGUCUUUAACCCAUCAGAUAGUGGAUUGGAUAAUCGCCUGCUUUAUAUAGAUCUGCAGGUCAAUGAAUUAUGGACCUCAUUUUUUGAGGACUCGAGCAAAUAUGAGAGUCUUGAAACGAAAUGGAGUCCAGUACUAAGUAAAAUUAAGAAUAUAGGGAUCAGGAAGGCUUCUGAUGAAAAUUUAGAGAUGGCCAACUCUUUGCUUAAAAGUUCUUACAAUUUCUAUCGGGAGAGCUCCUGCAUAAUGUUCCCAUCUGGUGUGAACCUAUACUUGGUGCCAUUUCGAUUAGUAACAGGAGCACAAUUUCAGUUGGGCAUGGAUGGUGUUGAAGUUCUUGAUAUUAGUAUUCCAAGAAAACUUCUUUUGUGGGCUUACACGCUAUUACAUGGUCGCUGUGCAAAUAUCUCAGUUGCCAUUAAGCAUUGUGAAGAAAUUGCAAAGAAGCUGAAAAAAACUGCCGGAACAGCUUCAGUUUCUUCAAAUAGUAGUGUAACAAAUACCCCUACCUCUCACACAGGUAGCGGAAAAGAUGGAAUAAACCAGGGUGGGGAAAGCGAAGCAGAGGUUUCUACCGGGGCUGCAGUGGCAGCUAUCCCGGCAUUGGACUGGGAGAGUGCACGUUAUUUAAAUCCACCACCCUUGUCUUCAAGUGAGCAAAUUGGCUUAUCUGCUGUUUCUCAAUUACAUCAUUGUAACACAGUUACCCAAUUGAGCACUGCAGUUCAUGGAGCAGAAGAUCCGGACAAAAGUCACAAAACCCAACCGGACCCUCAACAAAAUGCCGGGAACUGAUUGUUGUAAAAUUGUAAAUAUUUGUUACAUAUGUUCUUCCUUUAACAUGUUCUGUAAAAAAUACAUUGCAAUUGUACAUUAUGGUGAAGAGUCUUUCUAUUAGGAUUAGUGUGCUACUAAUUAAACCACUGUCAGAUUUUUUGUUUUUCAGAGAGAGAAAGCAGUUAUGAACUUUGAAUAACGUUGUGAAGUUUAUAAAUAAAAUUGUGCAA